GCCGCGGCCUGGGAGCGCCGCUCCGCUCGCGGCCCCUGACGGACGGCCCCGGAGCAGGUGAUCCCCCGGAGCAGGUGAUCCCCCGGAGCAGGUGAUGCCCCGGAGCAGUACCUCUCCGAGAAACCUUCGUGCUGUUCAGCUUUGGGACCCAUCUCUACAUCCUGCAGCCGUGCUCACCUGAGCACGUUUAAAAGUUACAGCGGUAACACAGGCAGGUAUAAAAAUAAUAAGUGAAUAUUUACAACCUCCAGAAUGCCCAACUCCAAUGCCAAACUUCAUUCUAACCACAGGGGUGGCCGAGAAGACAGCAGACGGGAAUUGGUUUCCAGAUCUUUGCAGAGUGCUCAGCAUUGCCUGGAGAACCAGGAUUUUGGAACUGCAUAUGCUCACUAUCUCCUGGUACUAAAUCUAGCUCCUGAGUUAAAAACUACUCUCAAAGAAACAUUUCAGUUUACUCUCUUUAAAUGGGCAGAAGAACUGGAUUCUCUGGCAAGGAUUCAAGAUCUUUUUAACUGCUAUGAACAAGCACUUGAACUGUAUCCCAAUGAUGAAGUGAUCUGUAACAGUAUGGGAGAACAUCUCUUCAGACCCUCAGAUGUUCAGAGCUGCAUGCAUCUUUUCCAUUUGUUUGUCAUUUUGGCUCUUAGAAUGGGCUUCAGAGACGAAGCAGCUGGGUAUUUUCAUAAGGCAGUGAAGCUCAACCCCGACUUUGCCGAUGCCAAGGAGAAUUUUUACCGCGUUGCAAACUGGCUGGUGGAGCGCUGGCACUUCAUCAUGCUCAAUGAUGCCAAGAGGAACCUCACCUACCUCAGGGCCAUUGAGAACGCUGUGCUCUCAGGCAGCAAAUCCGUCCUGGAUAUCGGAACGGGAACAGGAAUUCUGAGUAUGUUUGCAAAAAAGGCGGGAGCAUCUUCUGUCUAUGCCUGCGAAUUAUCCAAAACCAUGUAUGAACUUGCCUGUGAUGUGGUGGCAGCAAAUAAUAUGGAAAGAGAGAUCAAACUCCUGCAUUUGAAAUCACUUGAUAUAGAAAUUCCAAAGCACAUACCUGAAAGAGUUUCCUUGGUUGUCACAGAAACAGUCGAUGCUGGCUUAUUUGGAGAGGGAAUUGUGGAAAGCUUGAUACAUGCUUGGGAACAUCUGCUUUUACAACCAAAGCCUAAAAACCAAGACAAUAGUGCUGGAGACUAUGGCAAAGUUAUUCCUGCAAGUGCUACAAUAUUUGGGAUGGCAGUGGAAUGCAAAGAGAUACGUAGACAUCACAGAGUGGGAAUGCAAGAAGUUGCUGGUGUGUGCUUGUCAAAUUCAGUGCAGUUCUUCAGUCCCACAUAUGCUGCUGCUGGCUCAGAGGAAACUGUGGAGCCCUACACCACUGAGAAGCUCAGUCGUAUUCCUGGGGGCUACAGAGCCCUCACAGAACCCUGUCAAGUCAUGACAGUAGAUUUCAAUGAUCUGCAGGAGCUGAAAAGCUUGGGAGAUAGAAAGCCCUGGAAGCUCAGCCUGCCAGUCACUGAAGAAGGAAUAUUGGAUGCUGUUGUGGUGUGGUUUGUACUGCAGCUUGAUGAUGAGCACUCUCUAUCUACAAGUCCCAGUGAAGAAACAUGCUGGGAACAGGCUGUGUAUCCUGUGCAGGGCCUCCUUGAUUAUUCUGUGAAGACUGGAGAUACUGUGAUGAUGGAAGUUUGCUGCCAAGACUGCUACUUGAAGAUCCAGAAGAUUUCUUCUUUGCCUUCAGACUGUGGGAUGGAUUUCAGUGACAGAGAUGACACGCUGAGUUUGGGCAAUGAGGCUGAAUUAUGUAAUGCUCUGGCUGGACUUCAGACAAGCACCAAACAGGAUGGCAACACUCCAGUGUGUGUGCUGGAAUCCACAGAAAUUGCCCUGCUGAAUGACGUCGCCUACCACGAAUGCUUUAAAGCUGCCAUGAGCAGAGUGCUGCUGUCGUUAAAUCCAAGUAAGGACUUGCACUCUAUGGAUGUUGAUGGACAUGGCAGUGGGAUAAACCUCCAAGAGCAUCGAAACAAGAGCUCUCAAGAUGUGGAUCCUGAUGCUCUGUACAUUUUAGAUGUAUCUGAAGGCUUCUCCAUCCUGCCAAUUAUAGCUGGCAAGCUUGGACCAGUUAGAGCCUACAGUUCUGUUGAGAAAGAACAACAUCAAGCAGCACUUCAUGUCAUUGCAGAAGCGAACCAUUUUCCUAAGGAAACAUUAGAGUUUUGGCUCAGCCACUUAGAAGAAGAAAGUGUGGUGCUACAGAGACCCAAAUCAGACAAAUUGUGGAGUAUUAUUAUCUUGGAUGUUAUAGAGACAUCAGGUUUAAUCCAGCAGGAAGUGAUGGAAAAGGCUGCAAUAUCCAGGUGUUUACUUCACAGUGGAGGGAAGAUUUUCCCACAGUAUGUGUUGGUAUAUGGGAUGCUUGUAGAAUCGGAGUCUCUGUUGCUGGAGAGUGCUGUUCAAGGAACAGAACCAACUCUGGGGUUUAAUAUAGCCCCUUUCAUCAACCAGUUCAAGGUUCCUGUUCGGGUGUAUUUGGAUCUCUCCACGUUACCCUGUGUACCCUUGAGCAAGCCAGCAGAGCUCUUAAGGCUGGAUCUCAUGAACCCUCUGCUGAACAGCCCCAGCAGAGAAGUGAAGAUACAAAUUUGUAAGUCCGGCCAGGUCACUGCCAUUCCCUUCUGGUAUCACAUCCAUCUAGAUGAAGAUCAUAGCUUGAACACAUCUGAUGUGUCCUCACACUGGAAACAAGCUGCAGUUGUUCUGGAUGAGCCUAUCCCAGUUCAGGUUGGAGAUGAACUUGUACUUGAUGUCCAACACCAUAAAAGCAAUAUUAGCAUUACAGUUAAAAGGUGAAGAAUGUCCUGUGUGAUUUAUGCUUAAUUACCUAUGCAUAAACUGACUGUUCAGAACAACACUGCUGUUACUUUGUAAUAAAGUCUAAAUUUUAUUUACUGA